AUGAUGCCCCAAAACAUGCAGUACUACUCUCCCCAUCAAGUCCCCCCUCAGUACAUGCAACAGCAUCAUCAACCUCACCCCCAAAUGAUGCAGACUCCCACUCGCCCUCAUCCGCAGCGUGGCCAACCCACCCCGGCACCCCACUAUGCCAUGGGCCCUCAGAUGAUUCCCCAGACCCCAGCUGGUCCAUCGACCGCUAAGCGCCAGAGAACAUCCCAAUCUAUGGCCUCUGCCGGUCCGACCAACCCCAUGAUGGCUGCGGCAAUGGAUUCUGUCGAGGAUGAAGAAGAUACCUCGCGUGGCGACGUUCUCGACCACAUUCCUCCUAGAGAACUAGCCACUCAACGCUACAAGCAGCAUCAUGAAUGGCUCGAACAGGUUGUCUCUAGCACUCAUAACAUCUCCAACAUCGAACCGGGCUCAAUCGGAAUCGAAUUACUCGGAAGCUGGCUGAAACCACUUGUCGAAGGCAUCUUUGAGAAGGAUGGGAAACCCUCCAAUGGCCAGUCCCUUCGCGGGGCUGUAUCAUUAAUGACUGAACGUUUCGAUAAGAACCAAUCCGACCUCAAUGCCGAGAUAGAAGAAAUGCAACGAAAGCACCAGUUGGAACUUCAGGCCUUCGCAAAAAUGAAGCGUCUGGGAUAUCUUAUCAACGAAGUCCGAUCCAUCCCUCCAACCCCGGAUGAGAUCAAGUACGACUUGGUCACUCCAGCACCAGCGGACCCUUCCCACCAAAUCCCCAACGCCCGCCCACUAGAUGCUAUCAUUCAAGAAUUCGAAACAAUGUACGAUUGCAAGGUCGUAGAUCGCGAGAUGGUUCACGUGAUGAACCCUCAACCAGAACUCGCCGAGUAUGAGGAACAACAGAAAACCGCCCAGGCUGCCCAGGCGGCCCAACAGGCGGCCCAGCAAGCCGCAGCUGCACAAAAAGCCGCGGCAGAGGCUGCUGCUGCUGCAACAACAGCAUCGGCAACAACCUCUUCUUCCUCCUCCGCAAACAAUGCCGCCGACAGCAACGGUCAGACGGACCAAAAUGCCGAUAAAAUGGCGGGCGUCGCCCAAGUUGAAAGUACCUCCUCCCCCGAUACCGCUAGGUACCUUGUCCCCGUGGUAAUUCAGAAAACCAACCUAGGAUCCCCUCCUCCUGAAGGCGCCCAACCUCCCCCCGUAGCCAACGCCCCGGCCAGUAAUAGUACCGAGGAUACACCGAUGACAGAUGCUGAACCUAUCCCUGCGACUACCUCCACCUCGCAUGCAUUGCCGGUACAACCCCAGACACAUGUACAGGCACAGGCACAAGCUCCUGGUAGCAGCAUCGGUACACCAGGCCUGUCGCCAUUCGCAAUCCCAUCGCCAUCGCCAGUCUUCCCAACAGGUCCUAGCUCUCGAAACCCAACCCCGGGUCUUCCAACUCCUCUCCCAGCAACCGCAGAACCAGGCAAAUCAGCCACUCCGAACCCAUUACAGCAAGCCUCGACACCUGGAAAACUAGAGGAGCCACCCACAGUCCCCGGCGAAGAAAAUAUACUCGAGGGUAUGACCGGCGGUGACGACGUGGAUGACUUUGAUUUCGUUGGGGGUGGUGGAGCAGCAGCUGAGGUGAUGGACCUUCUUGGAGCGGAAGAAUCGUUCACAGAUCAGUUCAUGUAG